AUGUCUCACGGGUUUACUAAGGAGCAGGUGGCUGAGUUACACCAAGCUUUCGAUAGUGUUGACAAGAAUAAGGAUGGCCGUAUCAACGUCCAGGAACUUGGAGACGUAAUGAAGCAGAUGGGUAAGAACAUGCCAGAGAAGGAUCUGAAAGCUCUCAUCUCCAGGGUAGACACAGAUGGCGAUGGCACCAUUAGCUUUGAAGAAUUCUUGACCGCCAUGGAGAAGUAUAAGAAAGGGAGCAAGGAGGAGCUGCAGGCUGUGUUCCGGGUCUUUGACCAGAAUGGUGAUGGGUACAUCACGAUGGACGAGCUCAAGCAAGGCUUGUCCCAGAUGGGUGAGACGCUGUCCGAGGAGGAGCUGAAUGACAUGAUCCGUGUGGCUGAUGCAGACCAAGAUGGGAAGGUGAACUAUGAGGAGUUUCUGAGAGUCUUCCUCGAGAAGUGAGAAGUGAGACUGCUGGAUGCAAGCCCCGCCU